GUGUGAUAUGAAAUCAAUUACUCUUUUGUAGAAUUAUUUCCUCUCAGGUCAGUAUCAUUGAACUUCAAAUAUAUAAACACUUUGUCUUCUCCGAAUGCUUGACUCCAUUUAGUAUAAUUUUAUCUUUCUUUUUUUUUUAACAAUUAUUAUCAGAAAGCAAACUUUGAACCAGUCGAGAAGCAAAGACUUUAAUGGAACGUGUUUUACAUUCUUGACGCGAGUGUAUCCUUCGAAGUUUCAACUGCAGAACACAUAUCAUUGUCUGUGAGCCAAGAGGGAAUUGAGAAGGGCUGUUUGGGUGCCCUCUUCCGAUGGGGAACCAGUGUGGGCGUUCUUCAAAGACUGCAAACGCCUCUUCUUCUCAUGGUUCAAAGAAUCCUCUGUCCAUGGAUGGUGAUUCCAGUCUAAAGAAAUCAUCUAAGAAAACUUCGACUGGAUCAGACAAUUCUGUUGCACAGUUGAAACGUGAGGCGUCAACCAAUCAGAAGUCCUUUAACUUGGACUACCACAAUGCUGCUACUACCAAUUUUAGCGAAAAGGAGGGAUCAAAAACGGUCGGCCUGAAGUCCUUCAGCUUGACUGACCUCAAGAAUGCUACUAAAAAUUUCAGCACCACUUCAUAUCUAGGUGAAGGCGGAUUCGGUUGCGUUUUCAAAGGGUGGAUCGAUGAGCAUACUUAUGCUCCUACUAAAGCAGGAACUGGAAUUGUUGUCGCCAUCAAGAAACUCAAACGAGAAAGCAGUCAAGGAUACAAAGAAUGGCUUGCAGAAGUGACCUAUUUGAGCCAGCUUCGCCACGAGAAUCUUGUCAAACUUAUAGGCUACUGCUCGGAGGCGGAUAGCAAGCUUCUUGUUUACGAGUACAUGCAGAAAGGCAGCUUGGAGAACCAUUUAUUCAAAAGAGGCGUACAACCCAUUCCUUGGCCAACGAGGGUGAGAAUUGCCAUUGAUGUUGCUCGAGGAUUGUCCUUCUUACAUGGAUUAGAAACCCAAAUCAUAUUCCGUGAUUUAAAGGCCUCGAAUAUUCUCCUUGAUACGGAUUUCAAUGCUAAACUAUCAGACUUUGGCUUAGCUAGGAAUGGACCUACUGGAGACAAGAGUCACGUCUCAACUCGGGUGGUCGGAACUCGCGGAUAUGCUGCUCCAGAAUACGUUGCAACCGGUCACUUGAGCUUGAAGAGUGACAUAUACACGUUUGGAGUUCUAUUGUUGGAGCUCCUAUCAGGAAGGCGAGCAAUGGACGAAGACAGUGGAGCUUCAGAGCAAACUCUUGUGGACUGGGCGAAGCCAUUCCUGAAGAAUAAAGGAAGAAUGUUGAGGAUCAUGGACAUAAGAUUGGAGGGUCGGUACUCUAAGAAGGAAGCCCAAGUUAUUGCUUUUCUUGCCUUGCAAUGCUUACAUCUAGAUCCCAAAAGCAGACCCGGCAUGACACAGAUUCUUCCCAUACUAGAAAAACUUCGCGAAGGCAAAGACAACAUCACAUCUCAUGCAAAUUAAAGGGGCGUAGUCAUGUUUAGCAGUGAACAGAUGAAUUGCACUGGUUUUGAAUUAUCUCUAAAAUUCUAGUAUGAGAUUGAGAGAUGCAUGAGUUAAAUAGGAGCUGCAUGAACACGAUUCAUGAAACUCAUU